UUUUCUGCUUUUUACAUUUAAUGUAGUUAUUAUUUUGAACAAUUGCGAUUAUAAUCAAGUGAUAUAUAAAUAUUAUUGCAAUGAGAUAUGGGGUUUUAUUUGAUGAAGGAUACGCAUCAUGUCAUGUAAAUUUAUUGUUUAUUUGUAUUUUAUCUGUUUAAUUGUUAGUUAUGCCAUCGCGGAAGAUGAGGAAGAAGAUUGUGCAAUAGUGUUCAGCGACACGAUGGAAGACUGCGAUGGCUUCAACAACGAAUAUAUGGAAAUCCCCUCGAUGGCUCUAAAGUACGAUGCCACUAAUGGAACAAUCAGCAUGACUGGCAUCCUGAAACUGUUGAAAACUAUUGAUGAUGAGUACCAAUUGGAAAUUCGACUAUCAAAGGUAGCCGGGUCUUCAUGUAGUGAUGUCAUGUGGUUAGGUGCAAAUAAUAUUUGUGGAGCUUUGAAGGAACAAGACGCUCCUUGGUAUCCCGUCGCUCAGCAACUUAAUGUCAAGGAAUGUCCUAUUGCUGCGGAGGAGUUUCUCCUAGACAAUUUAUUGAUGGAUGGUAGUUCGGCAUCUGAUUUUUGCGCGCCAGAAAUGUUUGGAGACUACUGCAUUCAGUUAUCCGUGUUAAAUGCAAGGAACGAUCCUGUUAUUUGCUUCGUCGCAUAUGUAGCUAUAGAAGACCCAGAUGAUAAAUAACUAUGUUACGAAUAAAUAAAUGUUCAUUGACAAAACA